AUGCUGUCCGCCUUCACUGCUCGUCCGAUUGUCGAGCUCAGGCAGCGGGACAAGUUCAAGAUUGAGUCUAUUCUGGCCUAUGGCGAUCGUCUGCUGGUAGGGCUGAGUACAGGAAGCUUGAAAGUGUACCGGGUCAAUGAGGUACCGGAGGAGAACGGGAAACUGAACGGCUCGACGAGACCAGAUGCGAAGGCCGAAGAUAAACCCCCUUCCCGACCAACUUCUUCCUCUGCCGCGAAACCAGUCGACCUACUGCGGGAGGUGGAGAAGUUCUCGACCCGCGCUAUUGACCAGCUGGCAAUCAUCAAGGAGGCCAAUGUCCUUAUAUCCUUGUCAAAUUCCUACAUCUGGAUCCAUGAUUUACAAGCGUACACCCUGCAAGAACAGUUGACGAAAACAAAAAGUGCUUCUACGUUUGCAGUGACCUCGAACAUUGUCAAGGACUCGGCGACUGGCAUCCCCGAGAUCAUAUCCAGGUUAGCUGUUGCGGUCAAGAGGCGGCUGUUACUUUGGUCGUGGCACGAAUCCGAGCUGGAACACAGUACAGUGGAGAUCACUUUGACGGAUGCUAUCAAGAGCUUGACCUGGGCCUCGGCGACGAAGAUAAUAUGCGGCAUGAACUCCGGCUAUGUGAUUGUAGAUGUCAUCAGUAAGGAGAUUGAAGAUAUCGUUGGUCCGGGGGCCAUUGGUGGAGCGGCAGGUGCACAAGCCGGUCGAUUUGGAGGCGUUGGAUCUGCAAGUAUGGGAUAUAUGGGCCUUGGGAGCUAUAUACCGAAACCACUGGCGACCAAACUCGCAGAUGGGGAGAUGUUACUUGCGAAGGACAUCAACUCACUCUUCAUCACAUCGGAAGGGAAGCCUCUAGAGAAGAGACAGGUUCCGUGGGCUCAAUCACCGGAUGCUAUAGGGUAUUCAUAUCCCUAUAUUCUGGCCUUGCAAUCGCCGUCUCAAGGGACGUUAGAAGUUCGAAACCCGGAUACUUUGUCCCUGCUCCAAUCUAUACCGCUGCCGAACGCAAAGCAAUUACAUUUCCCUCAUCCGACGGUGAGUCUCGCGCACGCUGGGAAGGGGUUCCACGUUGCCAGUGAGCGAUGUAUAUGGCGGAUGGGUACAACAGAUUACGAUUCCCAGAUUGACGAGCUAGUCGAGAAGGAGCGGUAUGAUGAAGCAAUCAGUAUCCUUGGCAUGUUGGAAGAUGCGUUGUUGAAGAACAAGGACGAAAGAUUGCGGGAGAUCAAGAUUCAGAAAGCGCAAUCGCUAUUCGAUCAACGCAAGUAUCAGGAUGCGGUCGAUAUUUUCAUGGCGAAGGAUGUUCAGGCUCCCCCAGAGCGUGUCAUCAAGCUAUUCCCAAGGAUCAUUGCCGGUGACCUGACGAUUCUGGAUGACAGGCCCCACGACUCGGAAGACAGUGAAGAAGCAGGGGUAUCCGCCAACGGGAGUUCUGCGGCUGGGGAUCUCAAACCAGAAAUGGUAGGGUCUCCUAAACCAGCCGCUGUUAGCAAGCUGCUCAAAGCUAAGGCAAAUCAUGCCAAGCAAGCUUCAGACACAUCGUCGAUUCGAUCCUUCAUGAGACUGGAUGGUGGCGAUGCGAGUGAGAUUACCAACCCGAAACCGAAGCCGGCCGAGGACCUACCUCUAGAAGGGAAGGAUCUGACGACUGCCGUUCUCGCACUCUCUGGAUUCCUCGUUCAGGCACGGAACAGGAUGAAGGCGUUCUUAGAUGCAGAGACUGGGAAGCUGAAGCCAUUGGAACAGAAUGGGCAGAAUGGCUCUUCUCAACAUGCUUUCGACUCACUGCUCACGGCACCAGCAUCGGAUGCUGAGAAAGAUCGGGAGCAGAAGCUACGAGAAACCGCUAAGCUCAUAGAUACCACGCUCUUCCGGGCUUACAUGCUUGCACGACCACAACUGGCUGGAUCGCUGUUCCGUCUUCCUAACUUCUGUGACCCGGACGUGGUUAACGAGAAGUUGUUGGAAAGCGGACGAUUCAACGAUCUGGUGGAUUUUUUUCACGGAAAGAAGUUGCAUCGUCCGGCUCUGGAGCUGCUCAAGAAGUUCGGACAGGGAGAUGGGAGUGGGGAUGCGUCGGCUACUCUGAAAGGGCCCCAGCGAACCGUCGGGUAUCUCCAGAAUCUCCCACCGGAGAUGAUCGACUUGAUUCUCGAAUACGCGGAUUGGCCCCUGAGAGCCGACACGAAUCUGGGAAUGGAAGUCUUCCUCGCUGAUACCGAGAACGCGGAGACGCUACCAAGAGAUAGAGUGGUCGACUUCCUGCAGGGCAUCGACGUAGACCUCGCUGUCAAAUACUUGGAGCAUGUAAUAAACGAGCUCAAUGACUUGACUCCUGAAUUUCACAAUCGGCUCGUGCAGGCAUAUGUUCAAGGACUGAAGGAGGGAAGGGAUAAAGAGUCUGACGGUUGGAAGGGAUUGAUGGAGCGGCUGAUCUCGUUCCUGAGAUCCAGCAAGCAGUAUUCUCUAUCCAAAGCUUUUGGAAUGAUACCACGGGAUGACCCCAACUUUUAUGAGGCGCAGGCCGUUGUCCUCAGCAAUAUGGGACAACACAAGCAAGCAUUAGAGAUCUACGUUUUCAAGAUAAAGGCUUUCGGAAAGGCAGAAGAGUACUGCAACCAUAUCCACAAAACGCAGCAAGACUCCGCGAUCGCCUCUCCCCUUCAAACCCGCCGUGGCUCGUUCGCCUCUUCCGACCGCGACGACGACGAUACCCCUUCCAUCUACCACACACUGCUCUCUCUCUACCUCACACCACCGCCACCUCACAAUCCCAACUGGCCCCCAGCUCUGGAUCUUCUAUCCAAGCACGGCUCCCGUCUUCCAGCCUCCUCGACGCUCAACCUUAUCCCGCCUACUCUCCCGAUCGCCGAACUCGAGUCCUAUUUCCGAGGCCGGAUACGAGCAGCAAAUUCCAUUGUGAACGAGACGCGCGUGGUGUCCGGCCUGCGAAAGACCGAAGUCGUCUCCGCCCAAGCAGAGCUUCUGUUAGGGGAUGGCGCGCUUGGAAACAAAGGCGGCAGGAAUCGGAGAGUGGCAGUCAGCGAAGAGAGGGUGUGCGGGGUGUGCCAUAAGAGGAUUGGGAGGAGCGUUAUUGCGGUGCUGCCUGAUAAUGAGGUGGUGCACUAUGGGUGCUUGAACCGAGUGGGAAACCGGCCUGGCGCGGGCGGUAGUGGUGGGAUGGCCGGACGGAGAGCAGGCAGCUGGGCGCGAUCGUGA